UAUAUUUUUGGGGAGUUCAGUCCUGAUGAAUUUAAUCAGUUCUUUGUGACUCCACGAUGCUCUGUUGAGCUCCCCCCAUACAAUGAAACAGUUUCAUGUGGUAUUAAAUCCACAGGGGAAGAGUAUCAGAGAAUAGAAUUUGGUGUUAAUGAAGUUAUCGAGACUCAGUCAUCUGUCCUGAACAACACCGACUACAGCAUUUCGAGCACUCUGAACCCUCAGGCUCCAGAGUUCAUUCUCAGCUGUGCACCCGCUCAGAAAAGCCCGGAUGAUGCUCUCAGCGACACCACCUACAACUCCAUUGACUGCCAGUUCAGUGACCCCACCCUGGCUCUGGACAGCGGCUCCAACGCCGAAAACGACGCCUUGCCUGGGGGCCUGGGGCAGAGGGAGAGGAAAAAGAAGAAGAAAAGACCCCCUGGGUACUACAGUUACCUGGAAGAUGUCCCUGACGGCGUGGCCGCCCCUGAGGCGCUGGUGAACGGCCACGCCUCGGCCGCGGGACUCAGCAGCGCCGAGGACGCGGAGCUGCCCGGAGACCUCCCCUCGCUGGCCACGCCGAGGACUUGCAGCAGCCCCGGCAGCUCCGUGGAUUUCCUGGGCGGAGCUGCGUGCGCCGAGCCCGGCCCCGGGGGCAGGACUGGCGGGCAGGCCGAGCUUUGCCGCCUGGCGCACUCGGAACAGUUCUGCCUCCCCCCGGAGGCCGUCAGAGAGAGCCCCCUAAGGACAGCUGUUGUACAGGCCUAUGCCGGUACUGAUACUACUGAAACUCUGGGCGUUGCUAAUGGACAAACACUUGAAUCCUCCUCUGGUGAGGACACGGCUGCCAAUGGGGUAGAAUUGCACACUGUGGAAAGCUCUGACUCAGACCAAGCUAAGCCUGAGGAAGCUUCACCUACUACUGAGGCGACGGUCCCGCUUGCAGGAUCAGUCCCUGUUAAUCAGCCUGCAAAGUCGUGGGCUAGUCUUUUUCACAAUUCCAAGCCCUCUGCUUCCACAUCUGUGGUCUAUGUUGAGACUAAGUAUACCCCUCCUGCCACAUCUCCUCUGGUCCCUGAAAAACAGGUUGAAGUCAAAGAGGGGCCUGUUCCAGUUUCAGAGGAUCCCGUAGCCAUAAAGAUUGCAGAAAUACUGGAAAAUGUAAGACUAAUACAUAAACCAGUGUCUUUGCAACCCCGAGGGCUGAUCAACAAAGGAAACUGGUGCUACAUCAAUGCUACCCUGCAAGCCUUGGUUGCUUGCCCUCCCAUGUAUCAUUUAAUGAAGUCCAUUCCAAUGUAUUCCAAAUCGCAGAGGCCGUGCACCUCCACACCAAUGCUAGACAGUUUCUUUAGGUGAUAAAAUAGUGAGAGACAUCCGACCAGGAGCUGCCUUUGAACCAACCUACAUUUACAGGCUCUUGACAGUGAUAAAGUCAAGUCUGUCAGAAAAGGGCAGGCAAGAGGAUGCUGAAGAAUACUUGGGAUUUAUCCUCAAUGGACUACAUGAAGAAAUGCUGACCCUCAAGAAACUUCUCUCUCCACAUAAUGAAAAGGUGUCGGUGUCCAACGGCCCUGAGGCCCAGAGUGUCCCCAGGGAGGAGGAGCCGGGCGAGGGCAGCGAGGACGAGUGGGAGCAGGUGGGGCCCCGCAACAAAUCCUCGGUGACGCGCCAGGCUGACUUUGUGCAGACGCCCAUCACCGACAUCUUCGGGGGGCACAUCAGAUCUGUGGUUUACCAGCAGAGUUCCAAGGAAUCUGCCACGCUGCAGCUUUUCUUCACGCUCCAGCUGGACAUCCAGUCGGACAAGAUCCGCACGGUGCAGGACGCCCUGGAGAGCCUGGUGGCCAGGGAGUCAGUGCAGGGCUACACCACCAAAACCAAGCAGGAGGUGGAGAUCAGUCGAAGACUCACCUUGGAAAAGCUGCCCCCUGUUCUGGUUUUACACCUCAAACGCUUCGUCUAUGAGAAGACUGGAGGGUGCCAGAAGCUGAUCAAGAAUAUUGAAUAUACUGUUGAUCUGGAAAUCAGCAAAGAGCUACUAUCUCCUGGUGUGAAAAGUAAAAUUUCCAAAGGCCAAAGAACCUACCGGCUCUUUGCAG